UAGAGCAUUGGGGCCCAGAAGCUGUCUCAGCCUUCCUUCCUCCAUAGCCCCUUAGCUAGGCCCACCCACGGUCACGGGUUAUGUUUGUGCGCAGACACACAAGCCAACCAUUGUUAUAAAAACCCCACCCUUUUCUCUGGAUAGUACUGUCCGUGUGGUGGCGCUGGCGUGCGCUUGUUAGAGACUCAUGUGUGCGCCCGAGUGCUGCGCUGCUUUGAGAAUUCCACGCAACGCGGAGAUGGCUGAACGCUACAAGUGCUUAUCCAGAGCGAACUUGAACUUAGCAUAUAUCCAUGCCAACUCAACAACGCAUGAGUUUUUAUUUGGGGCAUUUGCUGAAAUUAUUGAUAAUUCAAGAGAUGCAAGUGCCUCCACACUGUACAUAUAUUCUGAGCCAACAAGUGAGUUUCAAGGAGGACAGUUGUUAUGUUUUUUGGAUGAUGGGUGUGGAAUGACUCAACGAGAAGCUUGUGAUCUGAUUUAUUUCGGAAGAUCUUCCAAGCGCUUUACAAGCUCAAAGUUUAUUGGGAGAUAUGGCAACGGCCUGAAAUCGGGUUCUAUGAGAAUUGGAAAAGACUUUAUACUGUUUACAAUGAAAGGGGAUUGUAUGACAUGUCUGCUUUUCUCACAAACAUUUUGUGAAACCGAAGGCCUUGAUGAGCUAAUUGUACCGAUUCUUUGCUGGUCACAAAGCACCAAAAAGCCUUCAACGGAAAGCUCUGACUUAGUCGACAUGCAAAUGUCAAUUAUGAACAGAUAUUCUCCAUUUAAAACUGAACGGGACUUACUGAAACAAUUUGAUUACUUAUACAGUGGUCACGGGACUUUAAUAAUUGUCUAUAAUCUAAAGCUGAUGUCCAAUGGAGAACCAGAGUUGGAUUUCUUUACGGACAUCUCAAAUAUUAUCAAUGCUGGAAUGAAACAUAGGGAUGUCUAUUCUGAACUGUGGUCACUGAAGUCCUAUAUCUCAGUAUUAUAUGUUGAUCCUCGAAUGAAGGUCUUUGUUCAGGCAACAAGAGUUCAUAAUAAGCAGCUGAUAUAUAGUUUAUAUAGACCAAGGAUGUAUCCAUACAAAAUGCCUUCUCUAAGAACAUCUGUUUUGCGUGAAAUAAAAAAUGCAGAAGUAGCUGUAAAAAAUGCUAAAUUAGCUGUAGCUGAUAUAGAACAAAAGAUGGCUGCACUAAGGAAAAGAGCUGACCAUUCCAACGAGAAAGAGCUGGACGUUUUAAAUGUUAUAUUAAUCAACAACAAGAAGAAUCUAGACGAGAAGUGUCAGAUACUAAAAGAGAAGAAAAGAGAGGAAAAACAGUCAAAACACGUAUAUAUAAAAUAUGGCCUCAAUAUAGAGAAUAGAAGUCAAGAUGGAAUGUUUAUUUAUCAUAACAGCCGCUUAAUCCGAAUGCAUGAAAAAGUUGGAAGACAGCUUAAUAAAGAACUAAGCACUGGUGCAGGAGUUUUAGGACUGGUGAACUUACCACCUGGAGCACUGAUUCCAAGCCACAACAAGCAAAAUUUUAUUAAAUCACGGGAAUAUAUUAAUCUAUUAAAACACAUGGGCUACUUCCUUGACCAGUUUUUGAAGGAUUCCGGGAUAAGUGAGAAAGAAACAGUUUAUUUCUGGAGUGAGUUUGGAUAUAUCAGUGGUCUGAAAGACUGGUUUGAAGUUCCAUCUGAUACUGUGCACUUUGUACGAAGGCGUGCAAUAGAAAUCCCUAAAAUCAUUCAAUGUGACUUGUGCCUGAAUUGGAGGGUGCUACCGUUUUCUGAGAGCAGUUUUGAUCAACCUGAUAGCUGGAUGUGUGCAGACCACCCAGAUCCUGCAAAAAUCAGAUGCACAGAACCAGAGCAGCUCCCCACUAUACCUGUUGGUACUUUGCCCAGAAAACCUCUACAGUUCACUGACAAAGAAAAACACCUAAGAGAUUCCAUUGAAAGAUACAAGAACAAACGCUUGUGGUCUCAGAAAUGUAAUCUAACUGAGCCUCAUUUAGCUGUGACAGCAUUACUAAACAGAUCGUCUUUACAGAGGAAAGAGGAAAAGUCAAGAAUACAAUUUUUUUCAAAAAGCGGUGCCAGUUCUAAAAACUAUAAAGAAAGCAACCAAAACAGAGUGAUUACAAGGAAACAGACUAGAGACAGAAACAGUCUGAAGGAUAACUAUAACCAAAUAACCAAAGUACCACACGCCUCCAGCAGCAUACAGGAACAUUGUGAGAAUGGUCCAAGUACAUGCACUGCUGAUGCUGGCAAAUUCACAGAAUCUACUUUGUGCUCAAUCAGAACUGAAGUAGAAGAAGGCAUCAAGUUUACUUUACGAACUAAACUUCCACUGAGUAAAACUAAUGUGAGAAUAUGCACAGCCAAAGUUGGCAAAACCGUUGUGGAACCUUUGUGCCCAGCCAGUCGAACAGAUAAAGGAAAAAACUUUACUUUAGGGGCAUCUGCACAACCAGCUUCAUCAGUUAGUGAAAAUAAUGUUGCUAAUUGCAUUGCUGAAGCUGUCAGAACUCUUGAGGUGCCUUCCUUCUCAAGAAAGGAAAUGGAAGAAAAACUAAAGCUAACUUUAGGGACAUCUGCACCCCCAGCUACAUCAUUUAGUGAAAAUGUUGAUAAUUGCAUCGCUGAGGUGCCUUCCUUCUCAAGAAAGGAAAUGGAAGAAAAACUAAAGCUAACUUUAGGAGAGGUAAUUUCAUAUUUUGUACCGGAUUGUCAGCUGCCAAUACUUGAGACUAUAUAUGAAGGAGACCAGACACAGUUGAGAUCACUGGUAGAUGACUACUUCAAGGAAUAUGAAGAAAAUGUCCUGGCAAUAUAUUUGAAUGCUGGAAAUGACCAUAUUUCAGCCAAAACUGAACUAAAUGUGAUAAUGAGGGAAGCCUGUGAAGAACAGAUAAAAACGGUGGAAGAAAAAAUAUCGGCAUUAAGCAAAAAAGCCACAAGGAUCCUUAAAAAGUUGAAUAUUAAUAUGCCAGAGGAGAUUGGUUUGGACACAGAAAAACUUCUGCUUCAAGAACAAAGUGAAAUCUGUGAGACAAAAGCCGUCACAAAAGAGUUUUUCCUGAGCGGCUUCCAUAAAAUAUAGAUAAAUAUUAUCUUCUUUGAUUCCACCAGCUUCGACAUUCUACAAGCUGGAAGCGUUCUAAUAGUUACUUUUUAGAUACAGGAUAUUUUUUAUAAUUGUAUAUUUUUUCUUUUAGUACUUGAUAUAAGACUUUUGUG